CUUUUCCUUGUACCCGCAUGCCAGGCAGUGAGGUGAGGUGCCCCGACCUGACCCCUCUGCGCAUUCCCAAAGACCGGAGAUGUGGGGUCAUCGAACCCCGCCAAAAAAAGCUUCGCAAACCGUUCACCAAUCGACGUGCCCUUGGACAACAACGAACAACACCCUGCACGCUGUAUGGAAAACAACGACAGUCAACGAGAGGCAAGAUUCAGGAGGCUACACGACCGAAGAAUAGUUCAAGGUGAAUUGAUAGGUGCUGCUAUGGCUAACCGCAACCCUCCUGAAUGGGAGAAACGAGCAUAUGAUAGUCAAGUUAUCUACAUGCGCUCCCCCACGACAAAUGGAAACAACUCGACGUCCAUCUCCAGAAUUGGGUGCGUGGUGGAUCAGCACAUCAUCGCCUCACUAGCCCGGGCCCGAACCAUCUUCACAAGUUGCAAAGAAGAACUUGAAGCCAGUCCGGAUGUGGUUCAAAACAGCGGUCAACUCCACUUUUCUUGGCCACCCCAACGAACUGGCCAACACUUAAUCUAGUGUAUUGUAUAGCUUCCAUCAAGCCAUCUCGACACG